AUGCACCAACCAGCAGUAACAGUUAGCGGAGACAAGCUAGACACAUUCGGAGAUUACAUAGGAACUGGUUCUCAAGUGGAAAGAUGGUUCAAGGCCCUUACCUCCAUAGACAAAGCCACAUGGUCCACGUUUGUAACAGCAUUUGAAAAACACUGGCCACCAGUUAUGAUUGCGGAGAAGACGAAAGCAGAGUAUGAGAGAGAGUUAUUAGACCAUGCGCUACGAGAGGGAGAUGUAGGAAAGAAGACGAUGCUCUAUGACAGAGAAUGCUGGACUCACAUCGCCUGGGCUGUAAAGGCACUACAGCUCGCUACCAAUGCAGGCAUAGACCAAGGUACAUCAAUGAUCUGGCAAGUCCGCAGCAAGCUGCCAGACGUAGUGAAGGAUCUACUCAAGGACGAAGAGUAUAAAGCGUGGGCUGACUUUAUGAAGGCACAACAACACCCACCAGCCAAAACCCACAGAACACAUGUAGUUCGCCAACCAGCCACAUCCCAGCAGCAGUUCAUCAUUACGGAAGACGUAAAGACAAUUGUUAGACAAUUUGUCAACGCUAUACCCCAGCAGCCAGACAGCCCAAGCGGCAAAGCAGCAUACGCGAACCAAUUAGCACAAUGGAACGCGAAGUGGGGCGAGAGUAAACGUGUCACACACGAGAUGGGAUAUCCACUCAAACCAGGUACAGCAGCCAUCAGCUCAGGAGAAUGCUUCGGUUGCAGAACUCACGGACACAACGGACGCAACUGUCCCCUACCAGGAGACCAUGCAGAAAGGUUAUCAUGCAAGGAAGCAGCGUGGAGAGCAAUCACAAGCAAAGUGUUAGGAGCAUUCAACCGCAACUUAACCACGCCAAUCUCACUCGUCGUCAAUCACACCCCACAAUACAAUGCUGCAUGGAUCGAAGAACUCAAGGAACAAGAUGAGGGAAAAGCGGAAGGGUCAGCGUAA